AUGAAGAGCGUUGAAGCGGCAACUGAAAGCGAACAUUCACCAUGGACCAAUUUCAAACCGGGGCGGAGAUUUGGUAAAUGGCGGAUAAAAAAUAAAUUAGAUGAAGGCGGCUUUGGACAAGUAUAUCGUGUAGAGCAUAUUCAAGAACGUGGUCGUUACGCUGCGUUAAAAGCUGAACCGAAUGAUAUCGAAGGAGGAUCAGCAAUCAAACUUGAAAUUAUGAUAAUAAAUUUUCUAAACCGUGAUGGUGAUAAACCGCAUGUUGUGAAAUUAUUUCAUGCAGCAAAACACAAAAAGUUUUCGUAUAUGAUUAUUACAUUACUCGGUGAAAAUCUCCGAACAUUGAAAGUAAUUAUAUUUUAUUCAUUUACUUUUAAUUCCGCUGAGAUAAGUUGCCCGGAAGAAUACCUAUCGGUGGAAACGUGGUCUCGUAUUGGUGUUCAAUGUUUAUACAGCAUUAAAUUAUUGCACGAUAUCGGUUUCGUACAUCGUGAUAUUAAACCAGCUAAUUUCGUGAUGGGACAUGAAAGUGACGUGGAACAAGCGCGUUGUGUUCAUAUUUUGGAUUUUGGAUUAGCACGUAAUUAUGCUUUUGAAAAGAGCAAAGGUCAUUGGAUAGCACGGAGAGCUCGACGUUCGGCGGAAUUCCGUGGUACAAUGCGUUAUUGUUCACCGUCAGUUCACGAAAAGAAAGAACAGGGACGCAAGGAUGAUAUUUGGUCACUAAUUUAUUUACUCAUCGAAAUGCACUGCGGUUUACCGUGGCAGCAUGAAAGAGAUAAAGAGCGAUUGGAAAUUAAAAAAAUGAAUAUCAGCGAUAAAGAUUUAUUGUGUCACUUUCCAGAAGAACUGCAUCCGAUAGUAUCACAUUUACGAAAUUUAAAUUGCUAUAAUCGUCCGGAUUAUACGAUGAUUCACAAAUGUUUUCUUAAAUUAAUCAAAAGGAUUGAUGUGAGCUACGAUGAUCGAUAUGAUUGGGAAUCUGAUUUACAAGUUCAAUAUGUGUUAAAACAUCGAAAAAGACGACCGGAAUACGAGCAUGCUGAAGAAUUUUUUGCAUCGGAUCCUAUCAAAGUAAACGGACCACCACCAGCAGGAUUAAAUAUGCGUCGAAAUAAAACAGCAGAAGAUUUAGAGGAAAUGAUGGCAAAAGAUUCAUCUUUGUUAAAAGCAAAUAUACAACGUACUCAAACAAGAAAAACAAUGAAUCAAUGA